CCGCACGGGGUGAGGCUGCAGCCAACUCCGCUCCCCACGCACUCGGCUGCCUAGGCGCUCGGGACGCAGCACAGGCGCUUCUCCGCGGUGCCGACUGCCCGAGAUGCCCGCCUAGGAGCGUGCGGCCGCGGCCAGCGUCGCCACACCCGGGACACUGAGCUCGGGGUUGCAGAGCCGGCCAGAGUCCUGCACCUCUGCCUCAACCCCCCACCCCGCCCCCCGCCCUGAAAUGACUAGUUAAUGGGCGCUGGCACCGCUGAGGGGACUCAGAAGUGAAUCCAAGUGGAAUUUGGAUUUGGAAAAGAGUUUCUUGAACAUUUACCCGGGUCCUCGCUGGUUUUUCUUUCUCCGUUUUUUUCUUUUUCUUUUCUUUUUUCCUUUUUCAAUUUUUUUUUGCCUUCUCCUCCGGUCCUCUUCUGUCAUUGGAGAUGAACACAGCUCGCUUGCAUCCCAGAAAGUAAUCGCCGUGACUGUUGCCCCCAAAGAGACAAGCACACAUGUAGGAAUGACAAAGGCUUGCGAAGGAAAGAGCGCAGCUCAAGGCCCAGAGAGAUCUUCUCGAUAAUGGAUUACUAAAUGGGAUACACGCCGUGCCAGUCCGCUCCGAGCCGCGGCCGCCUGCCCGUCGAUGCACCGAAAAGGGUGAAGUAGAGAAAUAAGUCUCCCCGCUGAACUACUAUGAGGCCAGAAGCCUUGCUGCUAUGUCUCACACUGCUACACAGCACUGGGGCUGCUUUCCCAGAAGAUUCUGAGCCAAUCAGUAUUUCGCAUGGCAACUAUACAAAACAGUAUCCGGUGUUUGUGGGCCACAAGCCAGGACGGAACACCACACAGAGGCACAGGCUGGACAUCCAGAUGAUCAUGGUCAUGAACAGAACUCUCUACGUCGCUGCUCGGGACCAUAUUUAUACUGUUGAUAUAGACACAUCCCACACAGAAGAAAUUUAUUGUAGCAAAAAACUGACAUGGAAAUCUAGACAGGCUGAUGUAGACACGUGCAGGAUGAAGGGGAAACAUAAGGAUGAAUGUCACAAUUUCAUUAAAGUUCUCCUCAAGAAGAAUGACGAUACCCUGUUCGUCUGUGGAACCAAUGCCUUCAACCCUUCCUGCAGAAACUACAAGAUCGAUACUUUGGAAACUUUCGGGGAUGAAUUUAGCGGAAUGGCCAGAUGCCCUUAUGAUGCCAAACAUGCCAACAUCGCCCUGUUCGCAGAGGGAAAACUCUACUCUGCCACAGUAACUGACUUCCUGGCCAUUGAUGCGGUCAUUUACAGAAGCCUUGGAGACAGCCCUACCCUCAGGACCGUCAAACAUGAUUCCAAGUGGUUGAAAGAGCCCUACUUUGUCCAAGCACUGGAUUAUGGAGACUAUAUCUACUUCUUCUUCAGAGAAAUUGCGGUAGAGUACAACACCAUGGGGAAGGUUGUCUUCCCUAGGGUGGCUCAGGUUUGUAAGAAUGACAUGGGAGGGUCUCAGAGAGUCCUGGAGAAGCAGUGGACGUCUUUCCUGAAGGCUCGCCUGAACUGCUCAGUGCCUGGAGACUCUCAUUUUUAUUUCAAUAUACUCCAGGCGGUUACAGAUGUGAUUCGCAUUAAUGGCCGUGACGUUGUCUUGGCAACCUUUUCCACACCUUAUAACAGCAUCCCCGGGUCUGCAGUCUGUGCCUAUGACAUGCUCGACAUUGCCAAUGUUUUUACUGGGAGGUUCAAGGAACAGAAGUCUCCUGAUUCUACUUGGACUCCGGUUCCAGACGAGCGCGUCCCUAAACCCAGGCCAGGUUGUUGUGCCGGCUCCUCGUCUUUAGAAAGAUAUGCAACCUCCAAUGAGCUUCCUGACGACACCCUGAACUUCAUUAAGACACACCCACUCAUGGAUGAGGCAGUACCGUCCAUCAUCAACCGGCCGUGGUUCCUGAGAACGAUGGUCAGGUACCGCCUGACCAAAAUUGCAGUAGACAACGCCGCUGGGCCGUAUCAGAAUCACACUGUGGUUUUCCUGGGAUCAGAAAAGGGAAUCAUCUUGAAGUUCUUGGCCAGGAUAGGAAGCAGUGGUUUCUUAAAUGGCAGCGUUUUCCUGGAGGAGAUGAAUGUUUACAACCCGGAAAAGUGCAGCUAUGAUGGCGUGGAGGACAAAAGGAUUAUGGGUAUGCAGCUCGACAGAGCAAGUGGCUCCCUGUAUGUAGCAUUCUCUACCUGCGUGAUAAAGGUGCCUCUCGGCCGCUGCGAGCGCCAUGGCAAAUGUAAAAAAACCUGCAUCGCCUCCAGAGACCCAUACUGUGGGUGGGUGAAGGAAAGCGGUUCCUGUGCCCAUCUGUCACCCCUCAGCAGGCUGACUUUCGAACAGGACAUAGAGCGUGGCAAUACGGAUGGCCUAGGAGACUGUCACAAUUCCUUCGUGGCCCUGAAUGACAUUUCAACUCCUCUACCAGAUUAUGAAAUGUCUUUCAACACAGUGUAUGGGCACUCCAGUUCCCUCUUGCCCAGCACCACCACGUCAGAUUCGGCAUCCCGAGAGGGGUAUGAGUCUAGGGGAGGCAUGCUGGACUGGAACGACCUGCUCGAGGCACCUGGCAGCACAGACCCUUUGGGGGCUGUGUCCUCACAUAACCACCAGGACAAGAAGGGAGUGAUUCGGGAAAGUUACCUCAAAAGCAACGACCAGCUCGUUCCUGUCACCCUCUUGGCCAUUGCAGUCAUUCUGGCUUUUGUCAUGGGGGCCGUCUUCUCAGGCAUCACCGUGUAUUGUGUGUGUGAUCACCGGCGCAAAGAUGUGACAGUAGCGCAGCGCAAGGAGAAAGAGCUCACCCACUCGCGUCGGGGAUCGAUGAGCAGUGUCACCAAGCUCAGUGGCCUCUUUGGGGACACCCAGUCCAAAGACCCAAAGCCCGAGGCCAUCCUCACGCCACUCAUGCACAAUGGCAAGCUGGCCACGCCUAGCAACACGGCCAAGAUGCUGAUCAAGGCUGAUCAGCACCACCUAGACCUCACCGCCCUGCCCACCCCAGAAUCCACCCCUACGCUGCAGCAGAAGCGGAAGCCCAACCGCGGCAGCCGCGAGUGGGAGAGGAACCAGAACCUCAUCAAUGCCUGCACCAAGGACAUGCCCCCUAUGGGCUCUCCUGUGAUUCCCACGGACCUGCCCCUUCGGGCCUCCCCAAGCCACAUCCCCAGCGUGGUGGUCCUGCCCAUCACGCAACAGGGCUACCAGCAUGAGUAUGUGGAUCAGCCCAAAAUGAGCGAGGUGGUGGCUCAGAUGGCUCUGGAGGACCAGGCUGCCACUCUGGAGUAUAAGACCAUCAAAGAGCAUCUGAGCAGCAAGAGUCCCAACCACGGGGUGAACCUUGUGGAGAACCUGGACAACCUGCCCCCCAAAGUUCCACAGCGCGAGGCCUCCUUGGGCCCCCCGGGAGCCUCACUGUCGCAGACCGGCCUCAGCAAGCGGCUGGAAAUGCAUCACUCCUCCUCCUACGGGCUUGAGUAUAAGAGGAGCUACCCCACGAACUCGCUCACGAGAAGCCACCAGUCCACCACUCUCAAAAGAAACAAUACUAACUCCUCCAAUUCCUCCCACCUCUCCAGGAACCAGAGCUUUGGCCGGGGAGACAACCCGCCUCCCGCCCCGCAGCGGGUAGACUCCAUCCAGGUGCACAGCUCCCAGCCCCCUGGCCAGGCCGUGACUGUUUCGAGGCAGCCCAGCCUCAAUGCCUACAACUCACUGACAAGGUCGGGGCUGAAGCGCACCCCCUCGCUAAAGCCAGACGUACCCCCCAAACCCUCCUUUGCUCCCCUUUCCACAUCCAUGAAGCCCAAUGAUGCGUGUACAUAAUCCCUGGGGUUGGGGGCCAGGCGUCGAAGCAUCAGACGAGGCGGAGGCAGCCAUCCAGCUCAGCAAGGUCUCCACUGCCUCGAGUAUCCACCCGACCAAGAUGGCCCUGGAGGAGUUGAGGACGCUGGGUCCUCCUCCCUGGGACGCAGGGACCCUCUUGAAAAUCAGGCCAUGUGGUUUGGUGAAGGGUUAGCAACAGCCACCUCCAUUAUCUCUUCACACUCGCCCACAUCGUACAGCAGGUCGGACUCACAAGAGACUUCAGUAUCGUCAAGAACAUGAGCCAAAAGCACAUCCGCACCCCAUCGCCACACGAACACACAUGCACACCCCACGCUCACAUGCACGCACCACACACACAGAAACACACAUCCACACACACGCAGGGGUGAACAACAUUUUUGUCCCUGACCUCACGGGACGUUACCAAACUGGGUUAAGCGUUCGAAACUUUAAAACACAAACACAGUUUUUCAAAAAAUAAAAAAUAAAAAAAAAACAAGAAAACUUAAAAAAAAAA